AUGAAGUCUAGUGCAAAUUCCGAAACCCCUACUAGUGAAUUAAGUGAAACUGAAAGUAGUGCAGUAAUCGAGCAUGAGGUGGCUGUUUCCAGCAAGCACAGCACAGAAACUGGCAGUCCCAGAUCAAAAGCGGCAGGGACUGCCAAACUGCCAAAAAGGGAUUAUUCGAAAUAUAAACAUGUCUGUCUUCUUUGUGCCAAAAAUGAUACGGCAACUGCAAGGAACUCUGCAGUUCUCACUCGCGGGGGAGAUUUCCAAGUUGAAAGGCAUCGUAAAAGUCACCACUCUUCUAUCUCACUGAAAGACAUGAAAUCGCAUGUUGUACCAAUAAAUCACAUAUCGGUUACACGAAAUGUAAGAGAAUUAGCAGUACCAAAGCCGUCAUCUGAAACCAAAGAUAAAACUGGAGCAACCCAUGACAAUGGUACAAUUCAAAAGAACAAAAUUUCUUCUGCGAUGCCAUCUGUAUCCAAUGAUGCACUACCACAAACUGAAAGCAAUAAGAGCUUAGCUUCUGAAGGAAAUCUUAACGAAAAUAUUAACAAUGAUGACAUUACGAUAACAGCUGGCAAAAAUCAGAUUCAAAAGGACCUUUCCGAUUUUGUCACUGUUACCAGUCAAACAUUUGAAGAGAAAAUGGUGCAUAUGAUUGAAAAACUAAGUAAAAAAGUCGACAAUCUGAAGCAAGUCACGCCUCCAAUGGGUCCACGUAAUACAGGAACUACCGAAACUAUGACGUGUGAUCCCCGCCAAUAUUAUAUGACUAACUUUUGUUUAGUAAAAUUAAAUUGUGAUACUUUAAAUUGUGAAACAUCAAAUUGUGAUACUUUAAAUUGUGAAACUUUAAAUUGUGAAACAUUAAAUUGUGAAACAUCAAAUUGUGAAACAUCAAAUUGUGCUACUUUAAAUUGUGCUACUUUAAAUUGUGAAACUUUAAAUUGUGAAACAUUAAAUUGUGAAACUUUAAAUUGUGAAACAUCAAAUUGUGAUACUUUAAAUUGUGAAACUUUAAAUUGUGAAACAUUAAAUUGUGAAACAUCAAAUUGUGAAACAUCAAAUUGUGCUACUUUAAAUUGUGCUACUUUAAAUUGUGAAACAUUAAAUUGUGAAACUUUAAAUUGUGAAACUUUAAAUUGUGAAACAUCAAAUUGUGAAACUUUAAAUUGUGAUACUUUAAAUUGUGAAACAUCAAAUUGUGAAACAUCAAAUUGUGAAACAUCAAAUUGUGCUACUUUAAAUUGUGAAACUUUAAAUUGUGAAACAUCAAAUUGUGAUACUUUAAAUUGUGAAACAUCAAAUUGUGAAACAUCAAAUUGUGAAACCUCAAAUUGUGACACAUCAAAUUUUGCUUCGUUUGAUCCGUCAAGUUAUGCAACAUGA